AUGAAUAAUGCAACUACAGUGUCUUAUUUUCUGCUCCUGGAAUUAUCAAAAAAUCAGCAUCUGCAGCUUUUGUAUUUCUUCUUCUUCUUUGUGUUAUAUCUGGCAACUCUAACAACAAAUCUUCUCAUCAUCUCUGCAGUAGUUUUUGACCAUCGCCUGCACAGCCCAAUGUACUUCUUUCUAAUGAAUUUAGCUCUGCAGGACCUGGGCAUUGUUUCAGUCAUUGUUCCCAAAUCCAUGAUAAAUUGUCUCUUGGAUACCAGACAGAUCUCUUAUUUUGGUUGUGUUGCUCAAGUCUUUCUCUUUCUGUCCUUUGAAGCCUCUGAUGUCUCCCUCCUGACAGUCAUGGCAUAUGAUCGGUAUGUUGCCAUUUGCAAUCCACUGCACUAUGAGAUAGUAAUGACUUGGAAAGCCUGCAUUGAAAUAAUCAUUCUGGUGUGGGUUGCAGGUCUUCUCUGUGGAAUCUUACAUACAAUUGGCACUUUUUCAGUACAUUUUUGUUCUAAUGUUGUCAACCAAUUCUUCUGUGAAAUUCCACAAUUGAUAAAACUAUCCUGUUCUGGCUUCAAUCUAGUUGAGAUUGGAAUUGUUGUGGCCAACAUCAUUGCUGCUCUAGGUUGUUUUAGUUUCAUUUUCAUAUCUUAUGCAGUGAUCUUCAAGGCAGUAUUGAGAAUUCCAUCUGAACAAGGAAGGCAGAAAGCGUUAUCCACUUGUAUUCCCCACUUUAUAGUAGUGUCUGUGUUAAUAUUAAGUGUAUGCUUUGCCUAUCUAAGACCUCCCUCUAACAGUUCAUCUGAUUUGGAUUUUGGAUCAACUGUUGUGUAUUCCCUUCUUCCACCCCUGUUCAAUCCAAUCAUCUAUAGCAUGAGAAAUAAGAAUAUCAAAUGUGUCCUUUCUCAAUUGUGGAGAUUCUGA